AUGCCUCUGCCCCGUCUAGACCUGUAUGAGCAAGCCACUCAAAUCAACUAUGUUCACUUUCCCUCGGACGACUCGAACCCCAAGUUGCCAUGGCUUGUCCAGACUAUUGACAUCGCCACCGCUCUCGAGCAACGCGCGGCGAAGCUCGCCAUGCUGAACCUGUUGCCGCUCGGUGCUGGCUUGACUUUCGGUUUCCUGUCCCAUGUUCUUAGAAUCAGGCGCUCUGCCGUUGCGUGGUCGCAUCGCUGGUUUGGGCGGGUGAUAACCGCCCAAACCUACUUCAUGGAGCCAUUGUCAUCGCCAGCGCGGAUGAACCCAGCCGCUCUCUGGGUUCUCUUACUAGUCAGUCCACCACGUCGCCCGUCUACAUGA